AUGAUGAGCCCGGCGGCAAGGAAUCUUCUUGCUAGGAGAUUGUACCACCCAAAUUUGAAAAGGGCCCCACCAACCUCUUUGCUUCUGAAGCAAAAAAUACGUCUAGCUCAAAAUACCAAUAACGCUUCAAAUGAAAGCCCCAUAUCGUUCUCACAUACAAUGUCCGAGGUGUUUAGUGUUCUGCAACCGAAUGCACCUGAUCCGGAUGAAGACAAAACAAUCGGCUUGGAACGUGAACUCCUAUUAACCGAACGUCUAAAGAAUGAUGAACUUAGCGGAAUCAUAAAUAAACAUUUCCAUCCAUCAUCAACAAAUAACAACCGAUUGAUAGAUACGGACGUUCUAUUACAAAAUUUUCCCAAGCUGAACGAAAGUGAUUUAGAGCUAUUAAACUUUGCUAUAGAUGAGAAACCCCAAAAGGAUUGGCACGAUCUACAGCACGAUUUUAUCCAGUUAUGGUAUACCAAGUCAUUCGGCUUCCUUGGACCUCGAUCCCAAUUCAUCGAGACCAACUCGCCUUCUCCAUUGAAGUCCCAGUUCUUGCAGCUUCCAUUGUUUGAGUACAACUGGCUACUCUUACAAAACAAGAAAGAUAUAAAUUUAUCGCUCACUGAUUUAAAGAAACUGAUCAAGAUUUAUCGGUUAGAUGACAAAAAAUUUACUUGGAAAAGUAUAGAUCCAUUCAGUAAAGUCAUAAUAUCGCUCGUCAUCUGUGUUUCUGUCUUUGUGUGGUUUGAUGAGAGUGCAAAACAAAAAAAUGAGAAACCGUCCGCUGAGAACACUAUCGUAGUGUCUGUGUGA